GCGACCGGAAGCUCGUGACGAGGAGCGGCGCGCAGAAGAAGAAGCAGAAGAGGAAGAAGAAGAAGAAGAAGCAGCAGCAGCAGAAGCAGCAGAAGAAGAAAAGAAGCUAACGAACCACCUCGAGAUCUGAAGAUGUCUUCAGGCGCUCUCUUCCCCAGCCUGGCCAGCGGCACCAGAGGAAGCUCCAGCAAGUAUCUGGUGGAGUUCCGAGCCGGGAAAAUGACCCUGAAGGGAAACGUGGUGACGCCGGACAAACGCAAGGGCACGGUGUACGUCCAGCAGUCGGACGACUCGCUGAUCCACUUCUGCUGGAAGGACCGGACCAACGCCAACCUGGACGAUGACCUGAUCAUCUUCCCUGAUGACUGUGAGUUUAAGCGAGUGAGCCAGUGCACCACGGGACGCGUCUAUGUGCUGAAGUUUAAAGCCGGAUCCAAGAGGCUGUUCUUCUGGAUGCAGGAGCCGAAGACGGACAAGGACGAGGAGCACUGCCGUAAGGUCAACGAGUUCCUGAACAACCCCCCCAUCCCCGGGGCGGCCGGCAGCGGGGGGGGCAGCGGCCAUGAGCUCUCAGCGCUGGGAGGAGAGGGGGGGCUGCAAAACCUCCUGGGAAACAUGAGCCACAACCAGCUGAUGCAGCUGAUUGGACCGACAGGACUGGGAGGACUGGGAGGCCUGGGAGCUCUAGCAGGACCAGGACUCGCCAACCUGCUGGGCGGGGGGGGCCCGGCGACCAGCAGCUCCUCCUCCAGUUCUCGUAGCCAAUCAGCAGCAGCCACUCCUUCUGCAGGCGGAGCCUCCAGACUGAGCUCCUCCCAGGCCCCCACCACCCCCGUGACCCCCGCGGCCUCCGCUGUGUCCCCCACUACUGUGGCCCCCUCCACUCCAGCCUCGUUUCAGAUUCCUCCGGCUCCAGCCUCCGUUGGAAGUCCCGGCUCCCACCAGCCCAUCCAGCUCAGUGACCUGCAGAGCAUCCUGGCCACCAUGAACGCUGCCACGGCGUCGGCUCCGGGAGCCGCAGUGGAUCUAGCCAGUGUGUGCACCCCCGAGAUGAUGGCGCCCAUCCUCACUAAUGCUGAGGUCCAGCAGAGGCUCCUCCCCUUCCUGCCCAGUGGAGAGAGUUUGCUGCAGAGCGCUGAGGAGAUCCCCAACACCCUCAGCUCUCCUCAGUUCCAGCAGUCGAUGAGCAUGUUCAGCAGUGCCUUGGCCUCCGGGCAGCUCGGGCCCCUCAUGACUCAGUUCGGUCUGCCGGCCGACGCUGUGGACGCCGCCAACAGAGGAGACGUGGAGGCGUUUGCCAGCUCCAUGCAGAGCAGUAAAGGAGACUCGAAGGACAAGGAGGACGACGAGGACAUGAGUCUGGAUUAGAGCUCCACCUGAUGAACUCCUGGGAUUCCUGCUCUCCUUUAUUUCAGUUUCUCUCCCUCUCUUUCAGGUGCUCUUGUACUUUCCUAAACCAAAGGCAUCACUCAGGAUGAACCGAUCUGUACAGAGCGGAUCCAGCUCCUCCUGUAACACCGUGCAGUCUGUGUGAUCUGUGUUCAUCUGUUCAACUGACCCGAGGUUUCACUCUGAAAAGAGACUUUUAUACACAACUGAGGACGAAGCCUUCAAACCAUGUUUCUUUUCUUUCUGUCUUUCUGUUGUAAAGACUUCAGGAGCCUGAGUUCAUCCUUAAUAAAUCAAAUCAACCCAGAUAAA